ACAUGGCUGAGUUGUCAAUCCCAAAUAAAAGAAAACAAAAUUAGAGGAAAGCGUCAUUUCUUGGCAUUGUUGUGUUGGCGUCUCGAAUCCUACGGAAAUUAUUAUGUCCGAACAUGAUGGCAACCACGUAACUCCGCCACCUAUGGCAACGCCGGAGGCGGGGGCGUCUGACAUGGAGGGCCAGACCCCGGGGACGGGGUUCGGAGCAUCUGCAAUCACGAGGCGGUGGAGGAGAGAAGACUUGCUGAAGAGAGGAGGUUUGGGUCUGAGAGCAAUUGCUUUGUUGUUCUCUUUGCUGGCCUUCAUUAUUAUGGCAAGUAACAAGCAUGGAGAUUGGAUGGAUUUUGACAAAUACGAAGAGUACCGGUACUUGUUAGCGAUUGCGAUUUUGUCUACUCUGUACACGGGAGUACAAACGCUGCGGCAUGUGCACGAGCUUUCCACCGGUAAAAGUAUGCUCCAGCAGCGGACGUCUGCGUUGGUUGAUUUUGUUGGAGAUCAGAUCAUAGCAUACUUGUUGAUAUCUGCAUCGUCGACUGCAAUUCCCUUGACAAAUCGCAUGAGAAGAGGAGCAGACAACAUAUUCACAGAUUCCUCGUCAGCGGCCAUAGGUAUGGCUUUUCUUGGGUUCUUCUCGUUGGCUUUGGCGGCUCUCAUUUCUGGACAUAAGUUAUCUACACAACCCUAUCUCUAAUAAGUUAUAAAAAGUGAACAUGUUGUCUAUAUACAACUUUACAUAUUUUUUUUCUCUCUCUUUCUAACUCUUAUGAUUCUUUUACAUAUUUGUAAUAUAGUUGACACACUUUAAGUAAAAUCAUAUGUUUUUUUUUUGUGUGUAAAGUCACAUUGACCUAUUCAAAAUUUUCUCCAUCUUGCUCUUAGAUGACGAAUUAUGACU